UUUCCUUCUCCCUCUAGACGCCUCUGACCCUUUUCAUCCCUACUGUCAUGGAUAAGUCUUCCUCCAAGCUCUCCGGUACGGGGUGUGACUUCGUGGUAGCCACCACUCAGGCGAGUAUCAACUCCAGUCUGUUGGAGUACCUCGCUGAAGGCAGUCAACCCAUGGAGUAUAUCUGUUACUUAGCGGAUGAGAAAGGCAACCCCACACUGGAGAUUGGUCGGGAUCAGCUGCUGGAAAAGACCGGCGGCAUCGACCCUUUCGACAUAGAUGCUGAUACUCCGUACGAUGAUCCUCAAAUUACCGCGGUCACGAAGGCGCGCUUCAUGGUCGGGAUCCGGAUGCAAUUGGGGCUUCCCCCGGGAGUGAAUCCUCGAGACCUAUCCGUUGUUACUCUGGUGGGAGAUCGUCCUGACCGUGUCCUGUUCAAUAUGUACUGCUCCCAAGUCACCGUUAUUCAGAACUCUCCGCCCGGCGGAUGGGGCAAUCCCGGAUCGUGGAAUGUAUGGAACCAGCCGUAUGGGCAGCCCUGGGUGGCCCAGGCCGAGGUCAAUCUCGUCGUGGCCGAUCUGGACCACAAUUUGGACAGUUCCAGCUAUCUGAACAAUCACCCUGCCGUCAAGGACGAGCUACGAAAGGCCCUGGUCAACCUUUCGGGCACAGCAUUCAGCCUGCAGCAGCUCCUGUUUGACCUGGACAAUGCCGCCUUGCAAGGCGACCCUCAGUUUCCGGGCAUGGACAUGUCCAAGGACGCGGGGUAUAUCCUCCAGAUGUACUUUGUCAAGCGGUAUCAGCAGUCGGCAAAAGAACAUGGGCUACCGCUCAUCGCCGUGACCGCCGCCUCGCAGGAUUCGGAUCCUUCCCCCUUGCAGAUGACCUCUCUUGAGCGGACCCUCACGCAUCCCACCGGAAGCAGUAGCCCGGCGACCACCUUGAACUAUCUCUGUGCCGUCGACAAUCACCCGACCCCGUCGCCGUAUACGAGGUUUGACUGGAACUGGGUUCAGCCCGCUGAGAUCAGCGAGAGCAGUGGGGUGAUAGCCAUCCGCCGCGAGAUCUUCGCCGAUCUGAUCGCCCAGAGCUUGCAGGACGCAGUAAACCGGAGUUGUUUUACCGCAAACGUUGAGAGCUAUGGCUGCUCAGUCAGUGCCGACGGCAACAGGCCCCCGCCUAGUGUGUCGCCAAGCGGUAGCCAUCUCAUCUCCCUGGUGUGGGAAUCCCUGCAGGCUGGGACAAUGUACCCGAUGCGGGAUAGUUACCCAGUUGACACCACCCUGGGGGUCUUCUAUACCCUGGAUGCAUACCUUGAUGAGGAUAGCAUCAAUGUCGCGCAGUGGCUCAAAGUGAACGCCUCGUGUGCAGCUGUGGCUUUGGAGGGUGGCAUUACCGGUCACGUAAAUGUUAAUGUCGACCUGGUGAAAAAGUCAAUGACUGAUACAUACAACCUGACCGUCACCCAAGACGGCGGGCUUCGGCUGGUUCGGGCUGGGGGAAGUGGUAUGAAGGAUGAGUCCGACCCCAUCCCCGUGCCUGACUGGAAUCCGAAGGCAUGGCAACUGGUCCUGGCCGCCUUGCACAAGAUCCAGGAUGCAGUUUCCUUGGAUGGGGGCGAUCUGCAUGAGCUGGAAGUCAGCAAGGUACAAAGCUUUGUCUUCCCCGGUGCUAGAGUCUUCACCUACAAGAGACCCACCUUCUCCCAGUACCAAGACCUAUUGUUUGAAAUUACUUAUGUGGAUCCCACCGAGGUAAGCGCCUCGCCUCAGCGCCCAGAUCCCAGUCCGGCCACCAAAUCUAUCCAUCCGGAUCCCAUGAAGCUCGCCACGGGGAAGCUGACCGUCUCCGCAGAAUUGAUUCAAAACUACGUGCAGGGCGAGAUAAUUUCCCCAACAGGAAAGUUCGAGGCCCUACAGACUGGCGAUGGCCACACUCUGCUCUUUGGAAUCGACUCGUCCGGGGUCCUUCAGGUUAUUGAAGAGCAAAGCGGGACAUGCCAUGUGGGAUGGCACGUACAUGACCUAUCGACGGCGGCGAUCCAGGCGCAAUUCAUGAGCGAUGCGUCCCGAGCGGUCGUCCGCACCUUCGACGUGGGGCAGAAUGCGUUGGAUGGGACGAUUGGCCUGAUGAUGGCCGUUCAUCUGGAUGGAAAUGACCAUCUCUUCCACUGCCUGAACAACCCUAACCAGGAUCUCUCCUGGACCGCGUGCCCAGCGUGGACGAUGGUGCCAUUCGACCCUGCCAAUGAGACAACCCGUGCGAUCACGAUCGCCGGGGCCAUGUUCGCAGAGACGUGGGAGAAGAGUCAGUUCCUUGUGGUCGAUGUCGAGCGAACUCACUCGCAAUCGGCCUCCGAAGCCCAGAUCGUGCGAUAUCAUAUCGACACUGCCCACACAACCGGCCACUUCUGGGUCAAGAAGGAUGUGACGAUUGAUCUAGCGACCGGAGCCUAUCAAAGUGUGGUAGGUCGAGUGCGCGGAAAGCCUGUGGACGGCAUCUACAAUGCAGGGACUACGGGGGGGCAGCCGCAACUGGUGUACGAGCCUGUCAUUAACGCCUACGGGGAUGGUCCGGUCACCCCGCGGCGCUUGCGACUCCCAGGGGGAGCCAUUCCCACUGCGAUUGCUACCGCUCGGAAUGCCGCCGAUCACAGUACAGACCUCUACUGCGUCGGCGGCUCGACCCUGUACCGAUUUGCGGCGGACCAACAGAGCGAGGCGAAGGACCCGCUAGCUCUCUGCACGAGCGAGUUCCUGGUGGGCACCGACACCCUGCGGGCGAUGACCCACGGAGGCAUGACGACCCUCUGGGGACGCAAUCAAAGCGAUCAGGUCUACUACCUGGCGUGCCGCACCAGCCAGCUUUCCAAGCCCGCGGCGUGGAGUAUGCCCUUUCCCAUCUUGUCCGGCAUUGAGCGCAUCUCAGCCUACGUCAAUUGUGCCGAUGGGGGGAGAACCAUUUUUGCUGCCGGCAACGGGAGGCUCCAGAAGAUUGUCCAGGGUUCCCCUGCUACGGGGGGAGUCUGGAGGGCCCAGGAUAUCACCGUGACUGCAGCACCCAGCCAGCCAUGCACGAGCUUCCGCUCGUACACCACGACCAUCCAUGUCACGGAGCUCACCUCGAACGCGCCAGUGCCCAAGGCGAUGGUGAAGCUAUCCGCCAGCAGCCGCACCCCGGUGUUCAUCAACGGACUCUACUACGUCCUGUCGGCAACGGUCCCCGUCCAAGUUCCCGCGGACCCUUCGGGGGUCCUGACCGUGAUCGAGGCCACCAACGAUAGCCUGCAAGCGGCCGUGCUGACUGUCGGACUGGAAAACACCACUCUGACCAUCAACCCUACCGACCAGACCAUGGCCAGAAUCACCGCGUUGGACUCGGCCGACAAACUCCGCGGCGCGCAGGUCCCCACGCAGACCAUCGCUGGCGGUGUUGACGGAGCGUCCACGUACACCUCCCUUGUCAGCCCCUCGGCAGCGGACGACGACGUGGCGGCGGUCGCGCAGAGCAUGGGCGUGCUGAAGGAUGCCUAUGCCAAGGUCCAGGUUCCUGCUCAGACCACGAUGACCCUCAAUCUGAAUUUCUUCGGGGAUCUGUGGGACGGAAUCGGCGCGAUCGUGGGGGAUAUCAAGGAGAUCCUGGGUUCCAUCGGGGACGCGCUGUCGGCCGCCUGGGGAGACACCUGGCAGUGGCUCAAGAAUGCCGGGAAGACGCUGGGCCGGAUUGUGGUCGACGCAGCCACGGGCGCGAUGCACUUCCUCGCCAAGAUCGGGGGCCAGAUCUUCCACGCGGCGCUGAAUACUGUACAUGCGGUGGCUGGGGCCAUCGGCUGGCUGGUAGACAAGAUCAAGGACGCGGCUACCUCCCUGGUCGACUGGGCUCUGGUCUUGCUCGACUGGGGGGACAUCCGGCGCACCAAGCAGGUGGCGCACAACCUGAUCCGCCUAUGGAUGCAGCACCAGGUGGAUCAGAUUCCCCAGGUCGCCGCGCGCUGGGACCAAGCCAUCACGGGCCUCGAGCAGACAAUCGAUCAAUGGUCGGGCGCUUCCGACUUUGCUCCGCUCGGGGCGGACGGAGAGGUGAUGAAGAAGCCUGGCGCGCAAGGGGCCGCCAACCCUAAUCAGGGCCAGACCUCGGCCUCCCAGCUAUUUGUCACUCACUACCGCAACCACGCGCAUCAGCUUACGGUCGUCGGGGACAGCCCAUCCCUGGACGGUGUCGAAGGCCUGCUGGAAGAUCUGUUGGCCGCCAUCAGUAAGGAGGGCGCCGUCCUUGGGACCGUCUUCGAUCAGCUCCAGCAGCUGCUGGACGACUUUUCAAGCAUCAGCCUGGAGGAGGUACUCAAGCGCAUGAUGGGUAUUCUGGCCGAUGGCGUGAUGUCCAGCGUUCAGGUUGUGGGGGACACCUUGCUACGCAUCCUCCAGACCCUGACCCAGUCCGCCCUCGCCGUGCUCGACACCAAGAUCCAUAUCCCUAUCAUCUCUGAUCUUCUCAACCUGGUCGGGGUGCCGGACAUCUCCUUCCUCGACCUCUUCACCUGGAUCAUCGCCGUGGCGUAUACUAUCGUGUACAAGAUCACGCACAACAAACGCGCGCCGUUCCCAGACACUACCUCGGUGUCGGCCCUCAUCGCCGCGGGCAGCUGGGAGGAGCUCUGCAGCCUCUUUGGGCACAGCCAGCUGGCCGUGUCUAGCGAUCUGCAGCAGAUGAUCUUCGCGCCCGGCCACGCCCUCGCGGGCCUCGCAGGCGUCAUCCUCGGGUCCGUGAGCACUUUCGAGGCCGAAUGCGAGACGGGCAGCAACCCCUUCUCCUGGCCAGGGAUUGUCCUGGCCAUCACCAGCGCUGCCCUGCAGGGCGCCACCAACUUCCUCGCGCCGCACGACCCCAUCGCCAACGAGGUCGUCAGUGACAGCACGUGGGGCCUCCUCGCUAUCCGGAUUGCCAGCAAGGUCUUCUUCGCCGUCAAGGGCCCCAGCGAGCCCGUCGCCCCCGCCAACGUCGGCAAGCUGGUGAUGAGCAACGCCCGCGGCGUGAGCGCCAUCGUCGACACGGUGCUGAUCCUCCCGGACAUUGCCAUCACUGGCUGGCACAUCGGCGAGCUGGCCCAGAAGCCCGCCGGCAAGGUCAAGUCCGCCGCCAUCCUGGAGGAGUGCGGGAAAGUGGCGUCGUGGAUCUCGCGGGCCGCCUACGCCAUCGCGCUGAACGAUCCCGAGCCGGAUUCGAAGGAGAUCGCGGUGGGGUUGACGGGGAUGGCCAUCUGGGUCGCCGCUGGGUUUCAGCUGGGGGAAGCGGAGUGGUGUUGAUCUCAUGAGGGUUUGGCUGAAAGAAGGUCCCCGGGGAAGGGGGGCUGUAAUGUGAA